CUGCGUUUCUGGAUUUAAUGAUAUGAACUGUACAAACAAUAUUAAUGAGUGUGGUGGAAAUCCUUGUCAAAACAAUGGAACAUGCGUGGACCUCAUCAAUGAUUACAAUUGCAGUUGUGAGGCAGGAUUUAAUGGAACAAUCUGUGAAGAGAAUAUUGAUGAAUGUUCUGAUAGUCCUUGUCAGAACAAUGGAACGUGUGUGGACCUCAUCAAUGGGUAUGAGUGUAACUGUUUUCCUGGAUUUAAUGGAACCAAUUGCGAAGAGGAUAUUGAUGAAUGUGCUGAAAAUCCAUGUCAGAACAAUGGAACAUGCCUUGAUCUCAUCAAUGAUUACCAAUGUAACUGUGCUGCAGGAUUCAAUGACACUAAUUGUACAAACAAUAUUGAUGAAUGUGCUGAAAAUCCAUGUCAGAACAAUGGGACAUGCCUUGAUCUCAUCAAUGAUUACCAAUGUUACUGUGCUGCAGGAUUCAAUGACACUAAUUGUACAAACAAUAUCGAUGAAUGUGCAGAAAAUCCUUGUCAAAACAAUGCAACAUGUGUGGACCUCAUCAAUGAUUACAACUGCAGUUGUGUUGCAGGAUUCAAUGGAACAAACUGUGAGGAGAAUAUUGAUGAAUGCACCAAUAGUCCUUGUCAGAACAAUGGAACAUGUGCGGACCUCAUCAAUGGUUAUGAGUGUAGCUGUGCUCCUGGAUUUAAUGGAACCAAUUGCGAGGAGGAUAUUGAUGAAUGUGCUGAAAAUCCAUGUCAGAACAAUGGGACAUGCCUUGAUCUCAUCAAUGAUUACCAAUGUUACUGUGCUGCAGGAUUCAAUGACACUAAUUGUACAAACAAUAUCGAUGAAUGUGCAGAAAAUCCUUGUCAAAACAAUGCAACAUGUGUGGACCUCAUCAAUGAUUACAACUGCAGUUGUGUUGCAGGAUUCAAUGGAACAAACUGUGAGGAGAAUAUUGAUGAAUGCACCAAUAGUCCUUGUCAGAACAAUGGAACAUGUGCGGACCUCAUCAAUGGUUAUGUGUGUAGCUGUGCUCCUGGAUUUAAUGGAACCAAUUGCGAGGAGGAUAUUGAUGAAUGUGCUGAAAAUCCAUGUCAGAACAAUGGGACAUGCCUUGAUCUCAUCAAUGAUUACCAAUGUUACUGUGCUGCAGGAUUCAAUGACACUAAUUGUACAAACAAUAUAGAUGAAUGUGCAGAAAAUCCUUGUCAAAACAAUGCAACAUGUGUGGACCUCAUCAAUGAUUACAACUGCAGUUGUGUUGCAGGAUUCAAUGGAACAAACUGUGAGGAGAAUAUUGAUGAAUGCGCCGAUAGUCCUUGUCAGAACAAUGGAACAUGUGCGGAUCUCAUCAAUGAUUAUGAGUGUAGCUGUGCUCCAGGAUUUAAUGGAACCAAUUGCGAGGAAGAUAUUGAUGAAUGUGCUGAAAAUCCAUGUCAGAACAAUGGGACAUGCCUUGAUCUCAUCAAUGAUUACCAAUGUAACUGUGCUGCAGGAUUUAAUGACACUAAUUGUACAAACAAUAUGGAUGAAUGUGCAGAAAAUCCUUGUCAAAACAAUGCAACAUGUGAGGACCUCAUCAAUGAUUACAACUGCACUUGUGAGGCAGGAUUUAAUGGAACAAACUGUGAGGAGAAUAUUGAUGAAUGUGCUGAAAAUCCAUGUCAGAACAACGGGACAUGCCUUGAUCUCAUCAAUGAUUACCAGUGUAACUGUGCUGCGGGAUUCAAUGACACUAAUUGUACAAAUGAUGUCGAUGAGUGCGCUUCAUUGCCUUGUCAGAACAAUGGAACCUGUGUUGACUUGGUCAAUGAGUACGAAUGUCAGUGUGAUGUUGAAUUCAAUGGUACAGAUUGCUCUACAAAAUCAAAUUUAAUGAAAUAUAAGCUUGUCUUGAAUCUUGAUGUAACAACGACAGCAAAUCUGAGCAUAGAAGAAGAUUAUAACAAAGUAAAGAAUAAAGUUCAAGAAGCGUUAACUGAUGUUUACAGUAAAAGAAUCGUUGGAUCAAAAGUCAUAAUAAAAAGCAUGAGAAAGGGAAGCUUAAUUGUUGACUUUGACCUCGUCAUACCAGACAGCCCAACAUCAAAAGUACUCGUCGUUGACACCGUGUACAAGCUUGUGAAUGGUCUAGUAUUUGUCAACUUCUCGGGAGAAAUAGUCACCAUUACCAGUGCUACAAUACAGCAUUCAACAUACGGAGAGAUUAUUAUCACAAACUCAUCUGAUGGAUGCGCUGUUGUGAACUCACAAGGAGCAUGUGAU